AUGAUCAAGGUCUAUACAUAUUAAGACAGGAGAAUUCUCGAUCCUUUAGUUCAUUUUGCUUAGCUUAAACAUAACUUUCUCCUUAUGUUUUCAACCAUCAACCAUGGUAACAAUCGUCAAUCGAGCCAUAAUGAACAAAUUAAAGCAUUAGGAUUUAUUGGACUUGGUAUAGCUUCUGCAUUUAUGGGCAUAUUUGCACACAAGACCUUAGUCAGACGUAUAAAGAAUGCUGAUAUGAUCAGCGUAUCUAUGAUUGAAAGACAAGCAACGAUUCGUGGUGUAAUCACGCGUGUCGGUGACGCAGAUAAUUUCAGAAUGUAUCAUAGACCUUUACUCAGUCUAGAUAGUCGAUCGAGUAUUCUCCAAAAGAAGUUGACAGCUGUUGAUACGAUCCAUGUACGUCUUGCUGGAGUAGAUGCACCUGAGACUUCACACUUUGGUAAACCAGCCCAACCAUAUGCUAAUGAAGCAUUGCAAUGGUUGAAGCAGAAAAUCACAGGGGAGAAGGUCGCCGUUAAACUCCUACGCAAAGACCGAUAUGGUAGAGUUGUUGGAAAUGCACAGCUCUGCGCGAAAUGGUACAGACCGUGGCGUAAGAAUAUAUCGAUGGAGCUGACCAAGGCCGGUUAUGGUGCGAUAUACGAACAAGACGGUGCAGAAUACGAUGGUAUGCUAGAUAAACUCCGCAGAGUGGAAGAGCAGGCGAGGCGGAAGAAGCGCGGAAUGUGGAAACAGAAGCACGUCGAGCUACCAUCUACCUAUAAAAAGAAGCUCAGAGGAUAGAAAUUAAUGUGAUAAUAGAGAGACCGAUGAUCUCAAAAUAGACGCGUUUUUUUUUGUAACGAAAUAUAUGUAUACCUACAGAUGGGUGAG